AUGGUCUUUUGGAACCGAAGAGAGUUAUCUGCUCGAAUUGCAAAAAGACUGAAUUUUUUAUUAAAUUCGUUAUUUCGAAACAAAACUGGAGCAAAACCCACAACUGGGGGUAUUGAACAAAAGAUGAAAAAAACGAAGACCAAGAGUGGUGUAGUUCUUGUCUCAGAAAAAUUUUCUAUGAUAAAGAAAACUACUGAAAAGCAUGAUGAAAGUUAUUCACCACUUCAUCAAGGAGAAGAAUUACCUCAUGAUAAUUUUGUUAACAUCACUAACUAUGGUUUUUGUGGAAUUGACAGAGAAUGGUUGAGUUUAAUCAAAGAAAUUAAAAGAAACGAAGAUAAUGACUUUCUAACUGAAUUAUUCAAAUGGGCUCAGCAAGAAAAAGUAAAAAGGAUAGGUGCUGAUGGCGAUAUUAAGACAAUUGGUUAUAACCGAAUCGGAUUUGAGAUUAGAAAUAUAAAUAUUCAAAAGAAAACUCAAGAAGAUUAUCGAAGGGAAGAUGAAGUAAACACUUAUAAAAUAGCCAAAUCAACUCAACGCCCUUAUAGAUGCUCCUAUUGUAGGAAAGAUAUAGACCUUACUAAAGCUAUUGUAUCAGGCGAUAAUUUUGAAAUAAGACAGUUACGCACAGAAAAAUGUUGUUUUCAACAUUUAGAGAAUUGUUCUUUUACUUCUGAAAAGGUAAAGGGAGUAGCAAAAAUGGGAAGAGAGGAUUCUGAAGAUAAAAUAAAGAAUGAUAAUCUAGUAAUUGAAUACCAAAAUUCUCAAAGAGAAACUAUAACAACAAUUACUCCUGAGUUACAACAGAUUAGAGACUAUUGCCAAGUUCAAGGCUUAAACUCUCUUACUUUGACUGAUUUACAAAAACAAGACACCAAUAAUCAACAACCAACUAAUUAUUUACCUUACAUAUUAGGCGGAGUAGGAAUAAUGGCGAUACAUGGUAUCACUAAGAAAGUAAUAAGUUAUUAUUUUGAUGAGCAAAAAGCAUUUUUAGGGGAUAUAAAACCCUUUACUGAUUAUGUUAAAUCUUUACCCUCAUCUCAACUAAUGGCUGAGGAUGAAUGCAAGCAUACCAAACGUUAUACUCUAAUGCUUUGUGUUCGUAACUCUGAAGAACAACCGAUAAUCAGCCAUAAGUUAAUUGAUAAUAGUGUUGAGAAAAAGAAAGUAACCAGUAAGGGAACCAGAGCAGUAGAGUUUCACGAUUUUAUCCUAGAUGUUAAAUCAAAAUUACUUACUGAUGAUAAAUAUUAUCUCUUAUUAGACAAUGCCAAAAUUCAUAAGGCAAUUAAGGCUCUUUUGAAAGAAAAACGACUUCCUAUUCUCGAUUUAUUUAUUAAAAUGAAUAUUGACCCUCUUUAUUUAGUUCCUUAUACUCCUCAAUUGAACCCAGUAGAAUUAUGUUUUAAUUUCCUUCGAGGUUAUGUUGAGGAUAAACGACCUAGAACUUAUGAACAGUUAAAAUCUGUUAUAGAUGAAGGGAUAGAAGAGUUAAGUAGAAAACCAAUGACUGAAUAUUUUAGGCAUUGUAUCGAAUAUGAUUUUUCUAGAAAAACGAGCAUGGGUUAUGAAUAA